CCCAAUCGCAGGGCACUUGCACUACACAGCGCCGCAGGAGAUCUGGCACCCCCGAAAACCGCUCUAAUAUACUUCAGCCACCAACGCACAGUUCUCCCGUCGCUCACACACUCUCCCCCUGUCAAACCAAGCUGCCUGCCUGACCUCCUCCCCAAGUCGGUUCGUCGCUGCAUUUCUUGCUCAGGUAUCAUGGCGUUCAGGAGUUCUGCAAUGAGGUUCAUUAGCAGGAGGUUCUCCAGUGGUGGUAAAGUUCUGGGUGAAGAGGAGAAAGCUGCAGAGAAUGUUUACAUCAAGAAAAAGGAGCAGGAAAAGUUGGAGAAGCUCGCUCGCAAGGGCCCCAGUCCAGGGGAGACAGCCGGAGCAAGCUCUGCAGCAACUAAUGCCACAGCUUCCGCUUCUACUUCUUUAGCUGCUGGAGGAGGAGGCUCGACCCAGAAGGUCUCGACCGACACCUACCGCAACUACGCCGUGGUGGCUGGAGUGGUCACCAUCGCUGCAUCUAUCGGGUGGUAUCUGAAGUCUGGUGAUUCGCAGAAGCAGGAAGUCCAGGAGUGAUUGCUAGCCCGCCCUGGCUUCAAGUGUGGCAAGAGGAGGCAUCACUCUGUUUGACCCUCUUCUAGUCUUCUUUGCCAUGCUUUUUUCUUCUAAUAAGCAGGAUUUUACCAUACUAUUGGUUUCUGUUUUGGUUUAGGAAACUUUGUCCCAUCCCCACUUUGGUUACUCUCCUCUCUCGUGUCUACUUCACUUCACGCCUCAGCUGUAUUGUCAGCUGGUUGACUUUUGCUUCGGCUGAAAACUGAGACUGAGAGGGCAUUAUUGACCUGUGCGAAAUUGUGAAAAGGUUGGUAGUAGUACUUGUGCUGUUUUCCCUUGGGCUCAUUCUCAAUUGGGCCUUUGCUUACUUUGGGCUCACUGUUGGGCUUGAGUCCCAAGUCUAUAAUUAGCUGUUUGCUUAUGGUGCUAAACAUGUUCCGAGUAUUAUUGAUGCUUAUAGAUAGAACUGGCUAGGAUUACGUGCGUGCGUUUGUAGGAAUUGCCGUCUUUAAGAGUUGUUUAGCUCGGAAGUUGUAUUUGUAAGCAUUGAUCUAAUACACUAUUACGAGAGAGGGGAAGGAGCAAAGCAAGAAAGCGUGUUGUCACGUGGCGGGUGGGC